UGGGAUUUCAGCCCAUUUAUAAAUACAACCAUUUUUUGGAGUCGGUUUAACCGAUUAAACAUAAAAACACCAAAACAAAACCAACAUCAUCCCUUUUCGCCUUACCUACCAACCAGAAAACCCCAGCCACCUAUUCUCUCCUCCAUUGAAGAGAUAUUAAAAUAAAGCUUCAAUUUUCUAUAACAAUGGCGUCGCUUUGUAUAUCUGUUUCCACUACUGUUGCUGUAUCCUCGGUUCGCCCAUUAAAUUCCACCUCAAAUGUAUCUACUUCUUCGUCUUUCAGUGGUUUCGGAAACCAGAUUAGUUUCAGAAGCUUUCUCUCUCCUCUUUCUUGUACCCAUCAUUUUUGCUCGGUGACUUCAAGAGAUCGUCGUUCUCAGAUUGUUUGUAUGGCUCCUGAAGAGGAGAAGAUGACUCGUCGUUCUCCUCUCGAUUUCCCUAUCGAGUGGGAGAGGCCCAAGCCAGGGAGAAGACCAGAUAUAUUUCCUCAAUUCAGUCCAAUGAAAACUCCAUUACCACCACCUAUGCCUGCUGAUCCACCUGAGGAAGACGAAGAAGAGGAAGAAAAAAAGGAAGAGGAAGAAGAUCCCGAGAAGGAAGAGCAAGAUAACCCGGAUAAACAGCAAUGAGGAAUGGGUGACGUGGUUAAGGCUGCAAUUAACUGUAAUGCUGUAUCCUCAGUAGCUGGUGAUCAUACAAAUUGCUUCAUGACAACCUCAUAGUUGCUGCAAAUAUCAGAGCUAGGGCUGCUAUCCAAAUGCAACCUAAUGGUGUUCAUCAUGGGAGUUUCUGACAUAGAUACGUCGAGUUCCUGUGAAGCUUGAGUGUUUUCGUGGUAGGUAUCAUAUCCUAAUUUUGUAGUAUUAAGGAAAAUUUUAUAGGUUAUGUGAUGUCGCCCAACGAUGGUAUUGUUUUCAUUGUAAGUUGCCCUUUCUUUAUGAUGGAAUCAUAUUUAAAGAGUAAGCUCUUGCUGGUUGCUAGUUUGAUGAUUUAUGAUAAUAUACGAAAUUUAAGGCUUUUGUAAGCAGGAUAGCUUGGUUGGAAUAAUCGACUUUGGUUUCUGGAUAGGUUUCCCAGAUUGCUGCU